AUGUCAAUAGCACCGACAAAUGACAACUUCUCAUCUCAAAAGAAGAAUAAGCAGAAAUCACUUAACUACAUCUCUUCGUAUAUAAAAUACAAAUUCGAUAGUCUGUUUGCUCAUGGCUUGAUCUUUAUCAUUCCAAUGUUGAUUGCGAUUACUGCGGUUGUAAUAUUAAUCUUCAGUAUAAUUUAUUAUUUCACUGAAAUGGAAGAUAAUUAUGAAGAUGCUCUAUGGGAAACGUUUACUCGUAUACUCGAUCCAUGUGCCGCAGCCGAAGAUCACGGUCUUCAGCAUCGAAUUCUAUCCGGAAUUGUUAUACUCUGUGGUCUUGUGAUAAUCGCUAUAUUGAUUGGUACGAUUGUGACUUUCAUGGAUGAAAAACUGAACGAAUUGAAGAAGGGACACAGUACCGUCGUGGAAAAAAAUCAUACAAUUAUUCUCGGAUGGUCACCGAAAAUAUUCGACAUCAUCAAUGAAUUGAUCAUUGCAAAUGAAAGUCAACGUAGCCCUUCUGUCGUUAUCCUAACAAACAAAAAUCGAACUGAAAUUCAAUAUAUGAUCAAGAAUAAAAUAACUAAUUCGAAAAAUACACGAAUCAUCUGUAGAAACGGCGAUCCUAUGUCGAUCACCGAUCUAAAUAAACUAAGCUUGAAUCAAGCACGAGCAGUGAUUAUACUGGCAGCGGAGUCCAGUCACAAUGCCGACAUUCGAGUAAUCAAAACAGUAUUAGCGAUUAGAAAUGAUCCACAACGAAAUAACAUCAAUUUUCAUAUAGUAGCGGAAAUUAAAGUAGGACUAAAUUUAGAAGCAGCAAUGAUUGCAGGUAUUUGCUCGAGAAUCAAUCCGUCUGGAAAUAAUACAUUCUCUGACACACGAAUAUUUGUUUUAGGAGGAGACGAAGCAUUGUUUGUUAACGCUGAUGAAAUAACUGCACGUAUUAUCGCUCAGUCAUGUCGACAGAGUGGUUUAACCAUAAUCCUCUCAACGUUACUAUCAUUUCAAGAUGAUGAAAUCUAUUUCAAACAUGAAAAGGGGCUUAUUGGCAAAACAUUCCAUGACGCGAUAUUUUCCUAUAAGAAAUGUUCCGUCAUUGGAUUGAUGUUCGCCGAUGGAACAGUAAAAUUAUGUCCUCGGUUAGACACAAUUAUCAACGCAGAUGACAAAAUUAUUGCCAUCGCGGAAGACGAUGCUAAAGUGAUACUUUCUUCGGAGAAUUUGUUAUAUCGCGAGUAUGCGCACAUGCGAACAGGAAUAAAUCGUCACACAGUUUCACCUUCACUUCACUUUGCCAGUGGAGGAACAAAAAAAGUUGAACGAAAUCUCAUACUCGGCUGGAAUACUCGAGCUCCAUUAAUCGCCAAAGAGCUGGAUACCUACGUAGCUCAUGGUAGUGAGCUACACGUGCUGACAAACUCGGAGACGAUCGUACAUUCGAUCAACACACAGCUAACCAAUGAAUUAAUCCAACAAAAGGUCUUUGUGCAUCUUGGAAGUUUAACAAAUAAACGCGAUCUAGAGAAAUUAAACAUAUUUUCGUACCAUUAUGUUAUAGUCUUAGAGAAUCAAGACAGCGAAAAGCAAGCUUUAGUGGAAGAAGCGGAUGCUGAAUGUUUAAUUUGUUUGUUAUACUUACAAAAUAUCAUUGAUCAAUCCAAAACAACGAAGACGUUCAAUUUAGUCAUCGAAUUGGCUGAUAUACGUAAUCGACAAUUGGUCAAUGCUUCAUGUGCUGAUGAUUUUAUCGUCUGUCCGAAUUUACUUGCGAAGUAUAUUGCACAAUUAUCGGAGGAUAAAAACAUUAAAAAGGUUUAUGAUGUUUUGUUAGCAGCUGGUGGCGUAGAUAUUUCUUUGUGCUUAGCAUCGGCUUUUGUUCCAGUUGGAGUGCCAAUUAGUUAUUAUAAGAUUUUACAGGAAACAUUGAAGCAUCAAUGUGUAGCGAUUGGUUAUCGAUUAAUGAAAUAUUUACAUGAUGAAAGCAGAUUUUACGGGAUUGUUUUAAAUCCGAAUAAACAGGAAGAAGUGAUUUUUUCACCGAAUGAUAAAAUUAUUAUUUUAGCUGAACAUUUCAUGCCAUCUAGCCCCGCACCGGUUAACCCUCAAAAUAAAGUUGCACAUACGAGAUUUCAACCGGACAAAUCAGUAUUUUGA